AUGCUAUCAAAGUCUGCCAACACGUUUUUAUUUAUAUCUGACUUUCACUCUAUACUUUAUUGUUGCCUCUCUUUGCAUCCUCUCUUCUCUCUCUCUCUCUCUCUCUCUCUCUCUCUCUCUCUCUCUCUCUCUCAACAGUUAAAUUUGAAGUUCAUGAGGAAGGGGGAGAGAAUUCAUGAAUUGUGGUUCUUAUCCCCCACUCUUUCUCUAUCUAUCAAUCUACCUAUUUCUAUUUGUAUCCCCCCCACCUCUUUCUCUAUCUAUCAAUCUACUUAUUUCUAUUUGUAUCCCCCACCUUUUCCUCCAUCUAUCAAUCUACUUAUUUCUAUUUGUAUCCCCGACCUUUUCCUCCAUCUAUCAAUCUACUUAUUUCUAUUUGUGUCCCCCCCUCUUCCUCCAUCUAUCAAUCUACUUAUUUCUAUUUGUCCCCCCUUCUCUUCCUCCAUCUAUCAAUCUACCUAUUUCUAUUUGUAUCCCCCCCACCUCUUCCUCAAUCUAUCAAUCUACUUAUUUCUAUUUGUAUCCCCCACCUUCCUCCAUCUAUCAAUCUACUUAUUUCUAUCUGUAUCCCUAACCUCUUCCUCCAUCUAUCAAUCUACCUAUUUCUAUUUGUAUCCCCGACCUUUUCCUCCAUCUAUCAAUCUACUUAUUUCUAUUUGUAUCCCCCACCUCUUCCUCCAUCUAUCAAUCUACUUAUUUCUAUUUGUAUCUCUAACCUCUUCCUCCAUCUAUCAAUCUACCUAUUUCUAUUUGUAUCCCCCACCUCCUCCAUCUAUCAUCUAUCAAUCUAUCAAUUAUUUUAUUUGUCCCCCACCUCUUCCUCCAUCUAUCAAUCUACUUAUUUCUAUUUGUAUCCCCCACCUCUUCCUCCAUCUAUCAAUAUACUUAUUUCUAUUUGUAUCCCUAACCUCUUCCUCCAUCUAUCAAUCUACUUAUUUCUAUUUGUAUCCCCCCACCUCUUCCUCCAUCUAUCAAUCUACUUAUUUCUUUUGUAUCCCCACCUCUUCCUCCAUCUAUCAAUCUACUUAUUUCUAUUUGUAUCCCCCACCUCUUCCUCCAUCUAUCAAUCUACUUAUUUCUAUUUGUAUCCCCCACCUCUUCCUCCAUCUAUCAAUCUACUUAUUUCUAUUUGUAUCCCCCACCUUUUCCUCCAUUUAUCAAUCUACUUAUUUCUAUUUGUAUCGCCCACCUCUUCCUCCAUCUAUCAAUCUACUUAUUUCUAUUUGUAUCCCCCACCUCUUCCUCCAUCUAUCAAUCUACUUAUUUCUAUUUGUAUCCCCCCACCUCUUCCUCCAUCUAUCAAUCUACCCAUUUCUAUUGUAUCCCCCACCUUUUCCUCCAUCUAUCAAUCUACUUAUUUCUAUUUGUAUCCCUCCACCUCUUCCUCCAUCUAUCAAUCUACUUAUUUCUAUUUGUAUCCCUCCACCUCUUCCUCCAUCUAUCAAUCUACUUAUUUCUAUUUGUAUCCCCCCACCUCUUCCUCCAUCUAUCAAUCUACUUAUUUCUAUUUGUAUCCCCCCACCUUUUCCUUCAUCUAUCAAUCUACUUAUUUCUAUUUGUAUCCCCCCACCUUUUCCUCCAUCUAUCAAUCUACUUAUUUCUAUUUGUAUACCCCACCUCUUUCUCCAUCUAUCAAUCUACUUAUUUCUAUUUGUAUCCCCCCACCUCUUCCUCCAUCUAUCAAUCUACCCAUUUCUAUUUGUAUCCCCCCACCUUUUCCUCCAUCUAUCAAUCUACCUAUUUCUAUUGGCCUACACAUUAAUCUAUCUUUUAGCUAUACUAUUGUCUUUAUCUUUCUUUCAUAAUUGA